AGUGCCUCACGGAAGACAGCACACGGAUCUCCCAUCGCCGCUGGAAGAGGAGGACAACCCUCCAGGCAGGAGAGAGAGCGGCGGCAUGAAGCAGGUGAACCUCCCCGAGGAGAGCGGCUUCGGCGAGGCGGUGGCUGCCGGCCAGCAGGAUCUGAGAUCCGGCAGCACGGGGAAGAAACGCCGGGGGCUUCGGAGACUGAUCCCGGAGAACUUCUUGGAGGACGCGAAGAAGCUGCUAGUGCUGGCAGGGCCGCUGAUCCUGAUCCAGCUGAUGAUCUUCCUGAUACAUCUCGUCAGCUCCAUAUUCUGUGGCCACCUGGGCAAGGUCGAGCUGGCCUCGGUCACGUUGGCCAUCGCUGUUAUAAACGUUACUGCCAUCUCUGUAGGAUAUGGUUUGUCCUCAGCUUGUGACACCUUGAUAUCACAGACCUAUGGCAGCAAGAACCUACUGCGUGUGGGAGUGAUCCUGCAGCGUGCCAUCCUCAUCCUCCUGCUCUGCUGCUUCCCCUGCUGUGCCAUCCUCAUCAACAUUGAGCAGUUCCUGCUCCUCAUCCACCAAGACCCCGAGGUCUCCAGGUUGACCCAGCACUACGUGAUGGCAUUUGUCCCUGCUCUGCCAGCAGUUUUUCUGUAUAACCUGGAGACAAGAUACCUGCAGAACCAGAUGAUUAUGUGGCCUCUGGUGCUGAGCGGGAUCGUUGGCAACAUCGUCAACGUGAUUGCAAACUGCAUCUUCAUCUACGUGCUCCACUUGGGCAUCAUGGGCUCUGCCUGGGCCAACACCGUUGCUCAGUAUUCACAAACCAUUUUCUUGUUCCUGUAUAUUAUAGGCAAGAAACUCCACGUGAAGACUUGGGGAGGCUGGUCCAGUGAGUGCCUGCUGGAAUGGGACAGCUUCACCUCCCUGGCUAUCCCCAGCAUGCUCAUGAUGUGCAUCGAGUGGUGGACCUAUGAAAUUGGGAGCUUCUUGAUAGGUCUGUUGAGCGUCGUAGAGCUCUCUGCUCAGUCCAUCAUCUACGAGGUGUCUGUUGUUGCUUUCAUGAUCCCCCUGGGGCUGGGCACUGCUGCCAGCGUGCAGGUGGGGAACGCGCUGGGCGCCGGCGAUGUCGAGACAGCCAAGAGAUCCUCCUCCACCAGCCUGCUCCUCACAGGUUUUUUUUGCAUAGUUGUGGGGGCUGUUUUAGCUGCCUCGAAGGAUGUGCUGGGUUACAUCUUCACCCAAGAGAAGGAGAUUGUUGAUUUGGUGGCCUGGGUCGUGCCAGUCUACGUUGUCUUCCACUUGUUUGAAGCCAUGUGUGGUACCUGCAGCGGGGUGCUCAGAGGCAUUGGCAAGCAGAAGUUUGGUGCCAUCCUCAAUGCUGUGAGCUACUACGGUGUGGGUCUGCCCCUGGCAGCUGUGCUGCUCUUUGUGGCCAAGAUCGGUGUCAUAGGUCUGUGGCUCAGCAUGCUGGUCUGUGUCUCCUUCCUCUGCACCUGCUUCAUCACCUACAUCUCCCGCAUGGACUGGAGGACAGCGGCCGAGGAGGCUCAGCGCCGUGCAGGAGUGACCCAGCCACCACCAGAGGAGCUGAACCCCAGCCAUGAACCCGCCUGCAAGGAGCUGCCCUUGGGUGUGGAUCCAGCCCCACCACCCUAUGAUCACCCCCCUGCCAUGGUGGCGAGGGGGUGUGUAGCUGGAGUGGAAGUGCAGAACGGAGUCAUCCUCACAGGCAUCACCAGGAUCAAUGGACCAACUUACCAGCUGGAGCUCCAGGAAGCCACCCUUGCCCUGUCCCCUCCAGCCACCACCAUGACCACCAAGCAGCUGAUCAUCCGCCGGGGGCUGGUGGCAGUUGCAGCCAUCUCACUGCUGGCACUUGGCAUUGUCAUAAAACUGGUGACCAGCAAACACUGACUCACACCAGGGACUGUGGGGACCUCAUUUUGGGAGGCAAAAGCUCCUGAGGACCAGUGGACAUAGAAAGCACAGAGAACCCAGCACAUGCCUGUCCUGCAGGAACUCAAGGGCCCCCAGAAGCAUUCAGCAGCAUCUGCUCAGCCACAGCUUGGGAAUGGGCCCUGUGCCUGUUCCAACAUCCCAAACCAUGGCUCUGGGCUGCCUGAUGCCCACUGAGCCUGAGGGUACCACCCUGCUCUGCCAACCAAGAGCCCAGGACAGCCUGGC